AUGUGCUCAAACUUUGAUCGAGUCCGCGGCGGCAUCCAAGAGCUGCCAAGUUUUUAUCGUGGCUCGUUAAGCUCUUGGGGCCCUUUUAUUUCCGCAAUCCUUGAUUUGUGGAGGGAUGCAGGACACUGUCGCGAAAAUACUGGAGCACGCAGAAUGCCACUUGUGCAACGAGAUGCCAUCAUCUCACAAACCAGACGCGCGGCUCUCAAAGAUCCAAAAUCACACGAGUGUCGAAGCUGGUGGGUCUCCCUUCGUGUCCUCGGAGUCGACAAUGGAUUUGUUGACAGAGGUGAUGACUGGGCAUACGAGACUGGCCCGAUUCGUUGCAAACUGCAAAACAUUCCGCACUCUACUAAGCUUCGAUUGCUAUACCUUAACGUCGCGGCUGCCCCUCUACCCAAGUUCACGCUACCACCAAAGGCCCGCUUCCCCUCAACGCCAUCCCUCCGCCCCAAAACAACCUUGAACCAACGUCUGUCAUCACCCGUCGCUAUCACGCAAGUGAAGCAUCUCUAUGCAGCCAGGCCUAGUCAAGCCGUGCGUUUUGCCUGCUCGGCCAAUGGCACAGCUGCGCCCAGCAAAAUUAGAAGCAGUCGGUCACACGUCGGCCACAACUCCUGUUCAAAGCGCGAUGUAACUCUCCGAAAUGAGGUGCCAUUGCUGGAUGUCAGCUCGUCAGAUGGUGGCAGCUUUGCACGCACAGAGACUGCCGUUGGAACCAGGUCAAAGCACCUUUGGAUCGUGUUGGAGUCAAGGGUAAAGUCGAUGGCUACUAGGGAGUUGAGUCGCGAGCUUGUCACCCACGUGCCGUGUGACGAUCCUGUCCAUCUCCCUUUACCUUUAUGA